CAUCCUUUUUCCAGGGACCUUGGUGCCACUGAUGUAACCCCAAAGAUAUUGGAGGCCCUUCUCAGGACUUGCCUGCAACUGAAAACUCUCAUCUUGCCCAAGAAGAUGGCCUGUUGCCUCUGCCAUAUUCAGGACGACAUUGAACUUUUGUGUGAGUCGGUCAAGUUGGAUUGUGCCAACACAUGUACCGCAAACUUCACUUUGUGUGAGAAAGAGGAGGAGAUGAACAAGAUGCAAGAAGAUGUCAUAAAGGUGUUGGAAACCAGGAAGCUGAACGACAGCCACAGCACCCUGAACAUUAUGCCCGAGAAGUCUUUCCGCGCCAACCUGACUUUGACCCUCACGGCCACUGGGGGCAGGUCUCGCCUGGACCUCCGUUUCCACAAACUCCCCACCAGCCUUUUCAAAUCCGUCAAGGGCUUCAAAAAGCUGAAAAGCGAGGACCUCCUGGAUGUGAAGUGGGCUGACCAGAGCGAGCUGAAGAAGCUGUACCUGCUGGCCAACUUGCUGCAGGUGGCGCUCAAAGAAAAAAUCGCAGAAGACGAAAGGGAGAGUCAAGGCGGGCCACAGCCAGCUCAGAAGGAGGAGCCGCAGACAACACAGCCUGCUGUAGGGGCUGCCCAAGAGAAGGAAAGACACCUAAGAAGGGUGAAAAGAGAAACUUUGCGUGGCAACACCCCAAGAUGGGUGGAGUCGUUUCUCAGGGCUGGCAGAGAGAGGCGAGAAUUUGCAGGGUCCACUAUGCAGCAUGUGGGGCAGCGAAGCAGCACAGAUUCCCUUGCUAGGCCUCAGAGGUGGAGGAAGCUAGCCGGGGGUCUAGAGCCUCUACGUAGGGCUCGACUCCGCCGAGCAGCGCUCGGUUCCUCUUGGAAACGCUCCGCCGGACAGUACCCGACCCAGUCCCCUCCCUUAACCGCCUCCAUCAUGGUGGACGAAAAUCCCGAAGACAUGACAGGCAAGGUAGUUAUUAUCUUGAAGCACCCCAACAAAACCAGCAGCGCAGAACAGGGAGAGCAAACCCCUGCUGUGAAGGAGGAGGUGCAAGUAGUACCUAACCCAGUUUCGCCCAUCGAGGUUCAGCCUGCCGCCGAGGCUCAACCUGCCGCCGAGGCUCAACCUGCCGUCGAGGUUCAACCUGCCGCCGCAUCUCCACGUGAAGAGACCACAGACAAGUCGGAGGAAAUUUUGCGGGAGCGCCUCGAGUCCGAGAUAUUGAGGAAGGAGGAGCUGCUCAGUCAGCUGAUGAGAGGAGAAGAUAAAUCCAAGCCCCCGCCCGAUGACUCGGAAACCUUGAACGAGAUCUCCCCUGACAUCACCUUGUCGCAAGAGACGCACUGGGAGCACCACGAGCAGAGGACCACGUAUUCCCCACGACUUCAGCUCUUGCCAGCUCCAGAUGACUAUUUGCUUCAGGGCGACCUCUUUGAAGCGGAGCUGAACAAGCGUUUGGAGCCGCUCAUCCCCAACGCGCCGGUGAGGAACCUCAUCUCCCACGUGAUCCGCAUCUUGAAGAUGGACUGCACAGAACCCGCCAUCCAGCUGGCUUGUGCUAAGCUCAUCUCCAGGACAGGCCUCCUCAUGAAGCUCUUCAGCGAGAGAGAAAACAUCAAGGAGACCACCUCCCUGUGGAAGUCGUACCUUUGGUCUGCCAAGAAUGCAGCCAACAAGACCACGUCGAGCCCAAGGAACAUGGGGAAACCUUCUGACGAGAUAGCGAGGCAGGGGAUUCCAGAAUAUGGGUACGGCAACAAGCUGUUGCUGGCUAUUUCAGUGACAGCUGUGAUAAUGAUUAUCAUUGCAGUAAUUUGCCUGAUUGAGAUCUGCUCUCAGCGUUCGGCAGCUAAAUCAAAGGACGGCUCUGAAAAACGGACCUUUCUGGGCAGAAGGAAGAAAGGCGACAGACAGGGUUCUGUCGACAAGCCUCUUUGGCUCAAAGACAUGUAUCAGCCUCUGGAUGAUGCUCGGAGGAGGAGCAUGAUUGGUAAACUGCACGAUGAAGACACCUCGGACGAGGAAGAUAUAUUCAACUGGGCCAAAUCAAGGGAACCACCCCCUGUGGAAAAGCCGCCCAGUUCAGUAAAAGUAGUUGAAGAGCCCCCUGUUAAAAAGGCCAGUUCAAAGAAACUGGCGCCAGAACCUCCACCUCCAGCUCCGAAGCCAGAGUAAGUAACUAGCAAACGUUUG